UGCUUGUUAAAUGGGAAGGGUCUCCGCUACUGGUUUCCACUAGUCCGCCUCCUCAGCCGCCACCGCAGCUGUCCGCGACACUGAAAAAAAACACAAGGAAGCCAGGCCUGCCCGAGGUCGAAAGAAGCACGCCAUCACCGCCGCCGCCACCGCCUCACCGACUUUGAACCCCGUUGACCUCCCCUCGACCGGCGCACCCCGCCUCUCCUCACAAUGCCGGGAGUGAUCGACCGCAUGGAGCUGAAGAAAGUCUCGACGGACGGCGACGACGACAGCACCGACAGCCUGAACGACGACCGCUACACCGAGCCCAUCGACUCCGAGAAGGCCACCAUCAACAGUCAGUUCAUGGACGACCCCGACGAUGGAGAAAGUCAGAAGUUCCUCUCAAACGGGAUGAUGAAGAAGAAGAAAUAUGAGGAAUACCACGAAGAAUACCAUCCUGGUCACACCUCCUUCGGGAUGUCCGUCUUCAACCUGAGCAACGCCAUCAUGGGCAGCGGCAUCCUCGGCCUGUCCUUCGCCAUGGCCAACACCGGCAUCGUGCUUUUCACAGUCCUGCUCGUCGCCGUGGCCAUCCUGUCUCUGUACUCGGUGCAUCUGCUCCUCGUGACGGCCAAAGAAGGAGGAUCCCUCAUUUACGAGAAGCUGGGGGAGCGAGCGUUCGGCUGGCCCGGGAAGAUGGCAGCGUUCGGGUCGAUCCUCAUGCAGAACGUUGGAGCCAUGUCCAGCUACCUGUUCAUCGUCAAGUACGAGCUGCCCGAGGUGAUCCGGGCCUUCCUGCGCUUGGAGGAGAACUCUGGCGAGUGGUACCUGAACGGGAACUACCUGGUGGUGGUCGUGUCCAUCUGCGUCAUUCUGCCUCUGUCUCUGCUGAAGAACCUCGGUUACCUGGGCUACACCAGCGGCUUCUCCCUCUCCUGCAUGGUGUUUUUCGUCGGUGUGCUGAUCUACAAGAAGACUCAGCUGCCGUGCCCGCUGCCGUUCUUCUACCAGCACUCGUCCAACCUGAGCAUGAACGCCUCGGGCGUGUACGCGCUGCCCAACGGCACCGAGCAGAUGUACUUCUCCCGGGCCGACGCCUCCCCGGCGGCGCUCGGCGGCCACGACGCCCACCACUCCACCGGCGUCCACUUCGAGCCUCACGCCGACGACGAGGAGGAGAUGUGCACGCCCAAAUACUUCGUCUUCAACUCACAGACGGCGUACACCGUGCCCAUCCUGGCCUUCGCCUUCGUCUGCCACCCUGAGGUCUUACCCAUCUACAGCGAGCUGAAAGAUCGCACCCGGAGGAAGAUGCAGAACGUGUCGAACCUGUCCAUCUUCGCUAUGCUCGUCAUGUACAUGCUGUCGGCGCUGUUCGGAUACCUUACCUUCUAUGAUAACGUGGAGGCGGAGCUUCUUCACACCUUCACCAAGGUGUACAAGUUCGACACGAUGCUGCUGCUGGUGCGCCUGGCCGUGCUGACUGCCGUCACGCUGACCGUGCCCAUCGUGCUGUUCCCUAUCCGCUCCUCCAUCACCACGCUGCUGUUCAGCGGCCGGGAGUUCAGCUGGACUCGACACCUGCUGAUCGCCGCCGCCAUCCUGGCCUUCAACAACAUGUUGGUCAUCUUCGUCCCCACCAUCCGAGACAUCUUCGGCUUCAUCGGCGCCUCGGCAGCCACCAUGCUCAUCUUCAUCCUGCCGGCCGCCUUCUACCUGCGCCUCGUCAAGUCGCUGCCGCUGCGCUCGCCGCAGAAAAUUGGAGCGGCCAUCUUCCUGGUGACAGGGAUCAUCUUCAUGAUCGGCAGCUUGUCGCUCAUCGCCAUGGACUGGAUCCACAACCCCUCCGGCGGCCAUUAAAGCCCCUCCCCUCCCAGAUCAACCUCCCACGUUCACAACACAACUGCGACACCCCCCGCCCCGCCCCGCCUCCCCUCCUCAAAGCAAAACAAACACACCCUGCGGCAUCCCGACAGAUUCCCCGGUGAAGUUUGGUCUCCAGCGUUUUGGGGAAUCGCGCCGAACCUCCCGAAUCAGGCCGGGUUCACACCGCCUCCGUUUUCCCCACAAAGUAUUAGAGGAGGGAAUCUUUCAGCUCUUUUUUAAACAUUUUUAAUCACUGUUUCUCUUUUUUUUUUUUCUUUUUUUUUUCUUUUUUUGUUGCUGUAAAGAUUAUGGCACCAUCUCAAACGAGAGAAUCAAAAAGCAAAAACGGAGGGACAUAAAAAAACAAAACAAAAACAAGAACAAAAUGGACUGUGGUCUAGCAUGCCACCACGAUAGCCUGCCGUCAUCUUCAUCCUCAUCAUCCUCAUCAUCAUCAUCACCAUCAUCAUUUCCAGCUAUGAAGAACAAGUAUCUGUCGGCCGGCCCUCGCCGUAGGCAGAUCUGUGGGCGAGACGCCGCAAAGUCCCGCAGCCCUCUGUGCACUUGAAGGAGACACGGAGAGUCGGAGUCUGUCCGCGAAAAACAAGGAGCACUUCUAGCAUCGUGUUUCACUUUGUGUCAAGAUGUAACACACACACACACACACACACACACACACACACACACACACACACAUCAAACAUGCCUACAACCCCUUUUCUCAUCAGUGCUCGCAGAUUUUGUCACGACGAGAUAAGAGACUCCCCUCAAAGUGUUAGAAAUUCAUCAGGAAUUGGGGAGACUCUCUCACACACACACACACACACACACACACACACGUCUGUGGGUUUGUGCUAGAUGUUGUUUCACUCCCGGCGAAGUGAUCUUCCUGGCUCGGCCAAUCAGAAGCGUCUGCCUUCAGUAUUACUGUCACAGAGGUGGUUAAGGUUUUGAAUGUACAUAAUUAAGUGUAUCUACUGAAAUGAACUGAAGUGAGUGUUGUACAUACGGUCCUGCUCCUCUCGCUCGCUCUCUUUUCUCUCUUUCCUUUCUUUUCUUUCUUUUCCUUGAAGCUCAUCGAUCAGAGAGAUGUGUGGGGCUGCACCGCUAACCCUGUCCUCAUCACGCAUCAUGGCUUAAUAACGGGCAAAAUUAGUGGAAAAAAUAAAAAAAGGCAAAUUUAUUGACCAAGUUUAGGGGAAAAAGUAAUUAAAAAUGGUGCAAUGGUUUAAUUAAAUUAAUUCAGAUUGACCGUUGCAGCAGAAAAUCGUCAGUAUGUAAAUGCACGAUGCCAAAAUUGACACCGUCGAGUAUAAGUUUGAGCAGAAGUGUCUUGAAAAGUAAUCAGGAUUCACGAUGUUUUAGCCAAAUUUAGUUUUUUUUUUUUUUUUUUUUUAAGCCCCAGUGGGAAUCGAUCAUCAAGUGCCAUAAGUGCCCGCUGUCCUCGCUGAAGGGACGCUCCCCGACAGGCGUUCACAGAAACCAAGCCUUCGUCCCGAUACCCAACGCUUUGAGCUCCCUGUGUUUCGCGUAUUCCCGGGAAUUUGGGCAAAAGUGCAGAGAAACAGACGUGAAGAUGAUGUUCGGCGUUGCAGGAGCAGUUACGGGGUACAUUUUCCAAAUAAACACGUCAAUUAAAGGCCCAUUUAAAACAGCAGCUUUGACCAAAAUCAUGCAUAAACACGUCUACGCAUAAGCAAAUAAAAAUGGGAGCGAAUAAUAAAGUAAUAAUUAAAUCCCAUUUGCUCUAAUUGGUUGAGGACACACCGUGCAGCAAUGCAGGCUGCAACAAGUGAGGGAUAAUCAGCUCGUAGGUGUGUGUGUGUGUGUGUGAUGCUUUUAACACACAACGUGGAGGCAAAAAAAACCACGGCUGCUUCCAAAGUGCCUGAAAACCGUCAAACACACACCGACUCGCCGAUUAUCACACUUGUUCCACGGUCAAUGUAAAGACGAGAGGGAAAACGAUAUUAAAAAAAUCAUUUAUUUUAUCAAAUCGAUAACUCAGCUGUGAUUUUUUUUUUUUUUUUUUUUUUUUUUAAUGUUGCCAUGGUUACACGCCGGGUUGCAGAUGAAUUUAGACCGGUGAUCAAAGCUGCAGUACGGUGCACACCUGCCAGCCAAUCAGAACAGAGUAUCCACCCAGACAGAUGUGGUGUAAUCUCGUAUAAUUUCCACCCACAUCGUCUUAAUUCCGGCGCCGUACCUCCUGAUGAAUUGUGGGAUACGCUUGUCGGACCUCACUUCCUCUCUACGGCGGCUGUUAGGACGGCGCGGUCGUGUUUGGGCGGUUCCGGACGCGGUCGUACGUGAAGCGUGUGUGUGUGUGUGUCGGGGCGAUGCCGUUUUUUGUCGUUACUGGUUUUGAACUCGAGAGCGAGCGCCUCUUUGCUCCGCCUACCUCAACGCGCUUAACGACACGACAGAUUUCAUUGGACGUUGGUCAUGGAGGCGCGGCGUUCCUCGGCCCGCUCCUUCGGUCCGAUGUUCCCGGGCUCGUGCUCUCGAGGAGGGUCCCUUCAGCGUUCACUAAAGAGUCCUACACUUCAUCAUCAUGGAAAAAAAAACAUGUCGAUCUCAAACUGUGAUUUUUAUUUUUCUUUCUUUUCACCCAGAAGCUCAAACUCUGAUUUCUUUCCUUUUCUAACUUAUGAAUGUUUUUAGAUGCUUGUUGUUUUAUUAUUUUUGAAAGGGUCAAAGUUGAUUUUUUUUUUUUUUUUUUUUUUUUUUUUUUUUAAGCACUGUGGCCUCUGUUUUUUUUACAGUGUAAUCGAGGAGCAGGUGUACAUGUUGAUUAGAUAAGAUCGCUCGCACACACACACACACACACACACACACACACAGUUCCAGGUAUUUCUGAUAAACUCAAGUUACCUCCUGUUUGUUUUUUUGUUUUUUUGUUCAACACCCAGUUAUUACCCAACUCGGACAAUAAUCUGUUAUGUAAUCUGGGUGUUAUUCAUGUGUGUGUGUGUGUGUUCACAUAUCGUCAAAAUCUUUGGACACCAACACAAAUUUCUUGAUGCCUUUUUUCCCUCAUAAAAGUUUUAAUCAGAUAAAACUUCCCUGCUGAUGAACGGGGAUUUUUUUUCCCCAAAUUGUGCCUUUUUGGAAUAUGUACUUAUAAAAUCACCUCUUAUGAUAAUUUCUACGUCUCAAAAUAGAGAAAAAAAAAAGUUAUUCUCCGCUUUUUUAAACCCUUUUCUCCCCUCCUGAACCGUCGGCGUGUCACGAACGCAGCCAGCCAAAGUGGACAACAACGUUUUACAGAUCCUUUGCGGAUCUACGUACACGAAACAAAUAGAUAUUUCAAAUGAAAUAGUGUAUUAUGUGCAUGUUUUGGAUUACAAACAUGGUCUUUUUGGACAAAUGUAUAUGCUUUGUAAAUAAUCUUUAUUUUAUGGUACACUGACACUCACUGUCUGUGACGGGGUUGUUGGGGGAUUCUGCCUUACAAGUCUUCUGCAAUCCAGUGGUUGUUUUAGUAUAUAUAUAAAUAUAUAUAUGAAAUGUGCAUUAGAUUAUUCUUUUUUUGUUUGCUGUAUGACAUUAGUUUCUCUUUUUUCUUUAUCGAUGCCUGUAUAUUUGUAGAAAAUCUGGUCUCUCUAUACCCCUCUUCAUGUUUUAACGGUAAUGUGUCGCAUCACGACGAACGCACGUCGUCGGAUUCACCAGCCCGCGUCGAGAAAAUAGUCCCAGAGUUCCUGUCGUGCCGUGUAAGCCUGGCCGCUGCCGUGUGGGCGGAGAGAGCUAAAUCUUGGCUGAAAUCAAAACCGCAGGCGUCGGCGUGGAAUUCAUUUCCAAAAAAAAAAAAAAAAAAAAAACAGUCCUGGCAACACCGAUGUGCUGGAUCAGUCACCAAACUACAGGAAGUUUCUAGUUUCCUCCAGGAAGAGACAGAUCAUCCUACAAGCCUGUUUUUAAAAAAAGGAAAAGCUAAAAAUGGCUCCUUCACUGUUUCAGUUUCAUGAUUCAUUUUAGUUUUGUACCUUAAAGGAAUUUGGCGAAAUACCAUUUUACCGACUUCCCCAGACUGAGACUCGAUGUUCGGUAUCAUUUUCAGUUUCUAUGGGUAGCAUUUCCUGUUAGCUUAGCAUAAAGACUUGAAGUCUAUGGGAGUCGUUAGCCUGGCUCUCAAAGUGAAAAUCUAACCCACCUAACCCCAGCUCUGAGGCUCUUAUUUACACAGUGGAUCAUGUGCAUUUGUAACUUGACUAAUAGGCUGCAGCUUCAGAGCUGCUGUAAGGUUUAUUUUAGUACUUUGACGGAGCCAGGCUAACGACUCCCAUAGACUUCAAGUCUUUAUGCUAAGCUAAUAUGAAAUGCUACCUAUAUAAACAAACCACUGGAUGUACAGAGGUGAAAAUGAUAUCGAACAUCUUGUCUCGGUCCUGGGAAGUCAGGAAAAGGGGGAUUUAGGCCAAAACAUUGGAGUAUUCCUUUAAGCACUGGCACAGGAACGUUUUCUGCAAGUGCAAACCUCAACACAGCUUAAAUUCCUACGUUACAGGGUUUUGUGCAGAGCGGUGGCUCUUCCUGGACAAUCACAGUAGAGUUGUGGUGUAAUGCCUCGUGUCGUGGCCCACGCUGUUCAUCACUACUGUCACAGAAAAAAAGCUUUUUUUGUAUGAUUUCUACUUGAAGUUAAGCUUUCCGUGGCCCAUUGAAGGCGCAGCGAUCUUCAUGAUCUGAAAGCCCCUGAUGUGAAUGUUUACAGAACAUGGCUUUCUGUUUUUUCCCCUGACAAACGUCGGCCUGCAGCCUUGUUAGCAUCUCUGCCACCAGCGGCUGAUUUCCACACCGCGGCAGUUCAUGCAAGACCUUUGAUUGUCCCUUCCUCACGUCGGGGUUUCAUCUUUCUAAAGGGCUCGUCUUACAAUGAAGGACCAGAGGCGGCAGGUUUUUACGGCGUUGUUGUGAGCGCCACGCCGCACCCCCCUUUAGUGUCUCAGGUACCCAGUCUGGAAGCGUUUUUCCCUCUUUCUUCAGGAUAACUUCCGAUAUCUUCGCCUCUGUCGCACCUUUGAGCCAAACCGUACUGUAUCGUGCUGUCGCCGGCUGAGGCCAGGCCAGCGCCACCUGUGUCUGGUCUGCGCCUCGCAGGCUUUUACUCUGACAGGGUUUCGUACAGAGCUGUACACAAAGUGCGACCCCCACCCCCUCAAAGCCACCUGCCUUAUUUUUCUACUCGGACUCUGGCUCUAUGCUCCCCACCGUUUGUGAUGUCUCUGCUUCCUGUGGAUCAACAUGAACAUUCAGAUUUGUAAUUUUGCCCAAAGGGGAUUUUUUUUGUAUCGGUGAACCUGUUUCAUUAUCAUGAACAAUAAAAAUGUGAAAUUCA